UGCGCGCGCGUGCGUUGCGAGCCAUGGAGGCCUCCAAGGAACCUUUGGAGUUUCAUGCCAAGCGGCCUCGGCCCCGGGAAGAGGUGUUCGACGAUUCAGACGAGGAAGACAGUGGUCAAACUCAGGAUGGGUUCUCCCUGGAGGAAGUGUUACGGCUCGGGGGAACCAAGCAAGAUUACCUUAUGCUGGCUACUUUGGAUGAGAAUGAGGAAGUGGUGGAUGGAGGCAAAAAAGGAACAAUUGAUGACCUUCAAGAAGGUGAACUGAAAGCAUUUAUUCAAAGCCUUAGCUUGGCCAAAUAUUCAAAAUCUUUCAUUGAGGAAGAUGAACCAGCUAAAAAAGAAAAUGCCAGCAAAAAAGAAGCAAAAGUAUCUAAAAUAAAUAAUAAAAAGCAAAAUAAAGCAGAAAAUGAGAAAGUAUUGGUCCGUAAGGCAAAAAAUAAGGAUAUGCCAGAAAAACAUUCUGAUAACAACAGCAAUGCCAUGCCAAAAGUAAAAAAAGAUAAACAACAGGACAUCUUUGAAUUUUUUGAGAGACAGACUUUGUUGCUGAAGGCUGGAGGCAAAUGGUAUGAUCUGGAGUAUACCAACGAGUAUUGUUUGGAACCCCAGCCUCGGGAUACUGUGUCUAAGUAUAAAACCCUGGCUCAGAAGCUGUAUGACUGUGAAAUCAACUUAUUCAAAAAUAAAACAAAUAAUCAAAAGGGAGGCUCUUCUACCUGGAUGAAGGCAAUUGUAUCAUCAGGGACACUAGGUGACAGGAUGGCAGCCAUGAUUCUUCUUAUCCAGGAUGAUGCUGUUCACACACUGCAGUUUGUAGAAACUCUCCUGAACCUCGUUAAAAAGAAGGGCAGCAAGCAGCAGUGCCUCAUAGCUUUGGACACUUUCAAAGAGUUACUCAUUACGGAUCUUUUACCAGAUAAUCGGAAGCUGAGGAUUUUCAGCCAGCAUCCUUUCAACAAACUGGAACAGCUGUCCAGUGGCAACAAGGACUCAAGAGAUAGAAGGCUGAUAUUAUGGUAUUUUGAACACCAGCUGAAACAUUUAGUAGCUGAAUUUGUGCAGGUCUUAGAAACUUUAAGUCAUGAUUCAUUGGUAGCCACUAAGACCCGAGCCCUCGCAGCAGCUCAUGAGCUCCUCUGUAACAAGCCUGAGGAAGAAAAGGCUCUUCUUGUGCAGGUGGUAAAUAAACUGGGAGAUCCUCAGAACAGAAUAGCCACAAAAGCCUCCCAUCUGUUAGAGACAUUACUUUGUAAACAUCCAAAUAUGAAAGGAGUUGUGUGUAGUGAAAUAGAAAGGCUCCUCUUCCGCUCAAAUAUCAGCUCCAAGGCUCAAUAUUACGCAGUUUGCUUUUUAAAUCAAAUAGCUCUCUCCCAUGAAGAAAGUGAAUUGGCUAGCAAGUUAAUAACUAUUUAUUUUUGUUUUUUUCGGACUUGUAUCAAGAAGAAAGAUAUUGAAUCAAAAAUGCUUAGUGCCCUUUUAACAGGUGUGAACAGGGCAUACCCUUACUCCCAGAGUGGGGACGACAAAGUGAGGGAGCAGGUGGACACUUUGUUCAAAGUGUUGCAUAUUGUAAAUUUUAAUACCAGCAUUCAGGCCUUGAUGUUGCUUUUCCAAGUAAUGAAUUCUCAGCAGACUAUAUCAGAUCGGUAUUAUACAGCAUUAUACAGAAAGAUCUUGGAUCCAGGGUUGAUGACGUGUUCCAAGCAAGCAAUGUUUCUUAACCUUGUCUACAAAUCUCUGAAAGCAGACAUAGUCCUGCGCCGGGUGAAAGCUUUUGUGAAGAGGUUGCUACAGGUUACUUGUACACAGAUGCCACCGUUCAUAUGUGGAGCUCUGUAUCUUGUGUCUGAGAUCCUUAAAGCAAAACCAGAUUUAAGAAGUCAACUGGAUGAUCAUAUGGAGUCUGACGAUGAAAAAUUCGUUGACAUAGCAGAUGAUGAUGAUGUGGAAAAAUUCACUGAUGCAGACAAAGAAACAGAAAUAGAUACAAUGAAAAAAGUUGAGACACAGGAAACUGUGUCUGACACAGAAACCAAAAACCCAAAGACUGCUUCCUGGGUACACUUGGAUAAUUUCAAAGGUGUCAAACAGUUAAAUACUUAUGAUCCAUUCAGUAGAAAUCCUUUGUUCUGUGGAGCUGAAAAUACAAGUCUUUGGGAACUCAAAAAGUUAUCUGAGCAUUUUCAUCCCUCUGUAGCCCUUUUUGCAAAGACUAUCCUUCAGGGAAAUUAUAUUCAGUAUUCAGGGGACCCACUGCAGGAUUUCACACUAAUGAGAUUCUUGGAUCGGUUCGUAUACCGAAACCCAAAGCCACAUAAAGGCAAAGAAAAUACUGACAGUGUUGUGAUGCAGCCAAAACGGAAACAUUUUAUAAAGGAUAUUCGUAGUCUUCCUGUGAACAGCAAGGAGUUCCUUGCAAAAGAAGAAAGCCAAAUACCAGUGGAUGAAGUGUUUUUCCAUAGGUAUUAUAAAAAAGUUGCUGUUGUAAAGGAAAAACAAAAACAGAAUACAGAUGAAGAUAGUAUAGAAGAUGUGGAUGAUGAGGAAUUUGAAAAGAUGAUUGACACAUUUGAAGAUGAUAACUGUUACAUCCCUGGAAAGGAAGACCUUGAUUUUGUAAGCAAUAUGAAAAAGAAAACAAAAAGAGCUAAGGAUAACUUCGAAGAUGAAGAUUCAGAGGGUAGUGACGAUGAAUUUGGUAACUUAGAUGAUGAGGAAGUUUCUUUAGGAAGUAUGAAUGAAGAAUUUGGUGAACUUGAUGAAGAUGGAGGAACCUUCAUGGCUGUAUCAGAUGAGGGAAGUGAGGGCAUUCCAGAACUUGAUGAAGUCAACCCCAAGGACAGUACUAAGAAAAGUAAAAAAAGAGGUGCAGGUGACUCUGACUUCGCUGGCUCAUUUCAAGGACCAAGAAAAAAGAAACAAAACCUCAAUGACUCCAGCCUUUUUGUAUCUGCUGAAGAGUUUGGCCACUUGCUGGACGAAAAUAUGGGAUCCAAAUUUGAUAACAUUGGCAUGAAUGCCAUGGCUAACAAAGAUAGUGCAAGUUUCAAACAGCUUCGAUGGGAGGCGGAACGUGAUGACUGGCUACACAACAGAGAUGUGAAAAGUAUCAUCAAGAGAAAGAAAAAUUUCAAAAAGAAGAGGCUAAAAAACACUCAAAAAACUAAAAAGCAAAGGAAAUGA